AUGUUGAUCUCGGCGACGUUGGGCGCCGUCAAUUGUCUCGUCGUCAUCGGCAAUCUGUUGGUGUUCUACAUGAUUCUCACGAAGCGCUCGUUGCAAUCGACGACGAACACGUUGGUGUUGUCGUUGACGAUCAGCGAUCUCCUUCUCGGAAUUCUCAUUCUGCCGUUCGCCAUCAUACAGGAGCACAACGCCGAAUGGCUGUUCGGCGACAUCGGAUGCCAUUUGUGGCUCUCGCUUGACGUGUUCCUCUCGACGGCGUCCAUCUACAAUCUGCUCGCCAUCUCAUUCGACAGAUACAUGGCGGUUCGUCAACCGAUCAAGUACACCAUCGUCUCAUCGACAAGGCUCGUUCGCCUCAUGCUAUUCCUCGUGUGGGCGUGCAGUCUGCUGCUCGCCGCCGUCCUCUUCGUGCUCAUCCACAUCAUCGAGGUCGGCGUUGUCGUCACCAACGAGUGCCAGCCGACCGAUCUGCCGUCCGAGUACAUUCUAUUCUCGGCGUCGGCCUCGUUCAUCAUCCCCGCGUUCCUCAUGGUCCUCUUCAAUCUCGGCAUAUUCCAGACGGUCGUGCGCAGCUCGAAGCAGAAGACCGUCAAAUCCAACAACGGCUCGUUGAGGGUCCAUCGCGGCAAGCGCAAGCCGACCAUCGACUCAAAAUCGAUCAUCAAGAAGCUUGAACGAUCCGACACGCUUCAGUCGUUCGAGCAAGACAAACUCAAUCCCGAUGGUCCCGCGAUGCGGACCCUCUUCUCGCACACCGUCGUGUUUGGGAUUCUCGAGGCGAAAAAGACGAAUCUAAUCAAUCAUAUAACCCAGAGGAGAAUGUAUAGGCGGUCGCUUCGAACCGAAUUGCGCGUCGCGCGGACCACCGGCGUCGUCGUCUCGGCAUUCAUCGUCUGCUGGAUACCAUUCACCACCAUCUACGUGCUUCAAGCCUACUCGUUGUGCACGGUGGCCGCCGAUUGUGUUCCGAAUUCGUUGUUCGUCGUCGCCUUCUGGCUCGGCUACUCGAAUUCCGCCGUCAAUCCGCUGUUGUACGCGGCGUUCUCGCGCGAUUUUCGAUUGGCGCUCAAACGAAUGGUGUGGAAACGACGCAAAAAUUGA